AUGCAGAUGCUGCAGAGGAUGCAGAUGCUGCAGAGGAUACAGUUGCUGCAGAUGCUGCAGAUGCUGCAGAUGCUGCAGAUAUUGCAGAUGAUGCAGAUGAUGCAGAGGAUGCAGAUGAUGCGGACAGAUGCUGCAGAUAUUGCAGAUGAUGCAGAGGAUGCAGAUGAUGCGGGUAAUGCAGAGUGUGCAGAGGAUGUAAGUGAUGCAGAUGUUGCAGGUGCUGCAGAGGUUGCAGAUGCUGCAGAACAUGCAGAGAAUGCAGAUGGUGCUGCAGAUGUUGCAGGUGCUGCAGAGGUUCCAGAUGCUGCAGAACAUGCAGAGAAUGCAGAUGAUGCAGAUGUUGCAGAGGCUGCAGAUGAUGCAGAGGAUGUAGAGGCUGCAGAUGAUGCAGAUAUUGCAGGUGAUGCAGACGCUGCAGAGGAUGCAGAUAUUUCAGAUGCUGUAGUUGCUGCAGAUGUUGCAGAGGAUGCAGAUGUUGCAGAGGAUGCAGAUGAUGCAGAGGAUGCAGAUUAUGCAGCUGCUGCAGAUGCUGUCGAGGAUGAUGCAGAUGUUGCAGAUGCUGCAGAGGAUGGAGAUAUUUCAGAUGCUGUAGUUGCUGCAGAUGCUGCAGAGGAUGCAGAGAAUGCUGAUGAUGCAGAGGAUGCAGAGGAUGUAGAGGAUGAAGAUGAUGGAGAUAUUGCAGGUGAUGCAGACGCUGCAGAGGAUGCAGAUGUUGCAGGUGCUGCAGUUGCUGCAGAUGAUGCAGAGGAUGCAGAUGUUGCAGAUGCUGCAGAGGAUGGAGAUAUUUCAGAUGCUGUAGUUGCUGCAGAUGCUGCAGAGGAUGCAGAGAAUGCUGAUGAUGCAGAGGAUGCAGAGGAUGUAGAGGAUGAAGAUGAUGGAGAUAUUGCAGGUGAUGCAGACGCUGCAGAGGAUGCAGAUAUUUCAGAUGCUGUAGUUGCUGCAGAUGCUGCAGAGGAUGCAGAGAAUGCUGAUGAUGCAGAGGAUGCAGAGGAUGUAGAGGAUGAAGAUGAUGGAGAUAUUGCAGGUAUCAGGCAACAGCAUAUCAGUGAUGCUCCUUCCACAGGAAGUUUUCCUAACUGGAGAUCUAUACUAUCACCAACACGGCCUUCCACAGAAACUAAGACUCCCUCAGUGGCUGAUAUUUCUCUGGGGCAGACUUUGGAGAAUGCAGACUUGCUGCAGAUGAUCAGGACAACGCUGACUGGAGCACGUGCCAGGACUUUGGAGCAGAUGCACCUGUCCCCCUCCCUGUACCAGGGCAGCGGGAGCAGUGCACCCCAGGAUCCUGCAGAGCUCUCAGCUGAGUCCCCCCUGAGGCCAUCAUCUCCAGAUGCAGAUGACACAGCUGCUCUAACAGUGUUAUCUGGAGUAUCUUCUGGUGCAAUACCUACAGUAGAAACUUCAGAAGCAAAACCACUAACAAGAAAACCAUCUCCAGCUUCACCAGUGCCAGCUUCUCCCUUCCUUUCUCUAGGCACUGCAAACACACCUUUGCCAUCCGUGAUGGCUUUAAGCACACCGACACAGACACUAACAAAAAAUAGCACUGCCACCAAACUGCCACCAGAUCUGAGCUCAGCAGGAGCACAGGCAGAUGUUGCUUUUGCAAUGAGGAACAUGAGUGCCUCACCUCUGGACACGCCAGCUCUGCUCACAACCCCCAGGAGCAGCACACCCGCACUCGCACCCACGAGGCAGAUAGAAACAGCAACAGUGCCUGACACCCAGAGGCCCCCGAGCUCAGACAUCACCCAAAGGCCACCCCCAUACCCACUGACAAUGACAGCAGCUUUGGCAUCUAUUACAGCAUCAGCGAAAACAACUAGGCUUCCCCCUCCUGCAGCGGGACUCAGCCCUGCUCCUCCCGGCACCGCCUUCGCCAACAUGACGGCAGCUCCCUCCCUGGACUGCAGGCUCUCUGCCAACAUGAUGGUGAAAACAGUUCUGUUUCUGAACACAAGGAGGAUGAUGAUCAGCAAUGCCUUCAGGGACAGUGUGAGAAAAGGCCUCAACCAAGUGCUGAGACAAGCUUUCAACCAGAAUGUCAGCGCUCAGGUCGAAGUGCUGGAGCAGUCCAGUAACCUCACGGUUGGGUACUAUGUCACACGGGGCAGGCUGGUUUUCACCCCUGCUGCUGUCACAGAGAAGCUGCUGGCCUAUGGCAUUGCCAAUGCCACAGCAGACAUGAGGCAGCACGUGCCACACCUGCAGGCCCUGGUGGCCCUGGCCCUGCCCUGGCAGCCCCAGCCUGCCUACCACUUCCAGCUGAAGACAGAGCUGCAGUUUGUGGGUCAAACAGACAAUAUUCAGUCAUGCAAAUUUGUUCAGACCAUGGAACAGAGGCUCCAGAGAGCAUUUCAGGAUGCUGAAAGAAAGGUCCUAAACACCAGCAACAACUUAACUGUUCAGAUUUUGAACACCUCCAAUGUCUCCCAAGCUGUCACUCUGUUUUAUGUAGUGAAAAAUCAAAGCACAACUCUAAAUGGCACUAUUUCCAGCAACCUUCUUAAUCAGCUGUCAGCUGAGCUGGUGGGUUUCUACCUCACCUACCCACCUCUGACCAUUGCUGAAUCUUUGGAGUAUCCAAACCUUGAUGUCUCGGAAUCAACUAGAGACUACUGGGUGAUAACAGUCAUCCAAGGGGUUGAUAUUGCCCUGCUGGGGCUGAACAACCAGAGCUUUGCCAGGCUGAUGGAGCAGCGCCUGGCCCCGCUGUUCAUGAUGUCCCACCAGCAGGGAAGGCGAUUCCGCCGCGCCACCACCGUGGGCAGCUACACCGUGCAGAUGGUAAAAAUUCAACGUAUUCCGGGACCCAAGGAGCCAGCUGAACUGACAUAUUACACUUUAUACAAUGGGAAGCCUUUGCUGGGCACUGCAGCUGCCAAAAUUCUGAGUACAGUGGACUCCCAGAGGAUGGCCUUGACCCUGGGCUAUGUCAUCCAAGUUCAAGCUGAUCCUGUGGUGAAGAACCCCCCAAACAACCUGUGGAUCAUUGCAGCUGUGCUGGCUCCCAUCGCUGUGGUCACUGUCAUCAUCAUCAUCAUCACUGCAGUGCUGUGCAGGAAGAACAAGAACGACUUCAAGCCAGACACCAUGAUGAACCUGCCCCAGAGAGCCAAGCCAGUACAAGGCUUUGACUAUGCCAAGCAGCACUUGGGUCAGCAGGGAGCAGAGGAUGAGGUUCUACCUGUGACUCAGGAGACUGUCAUUCUUCCACUUCCAGUCAGAGAUGCUCCUGCCUCCCAGGAGAGAGAAACCACCCAGGAUGGGAGCACCAUCAAAACUGCCAAAUCCAAUGAAACCAGGAAAAGCCCGUCCCCGAGCCAGAGCGGCUCCAUCCUCAGCAAUGGCUCGGGGAAGCCCAGCUCGGGCAGGAGCUCCCUGCAGAAAGUGAUGGCACCGCAGAAAGCGGCGAAGGAAGAGGGCAGGAAGAGGAAUGUGGCCGUGAGCGACGAAGAGGAAGGAGGGAUCCUGUUUGACAACGCCGCCAAGGCUGCCGCGGAUCCCUUCGACACCUCCUCGGGCUCGGUGCAGCUCAUCGCCAUCAAACCCGUGCCCCUGCCCGCUGCCCACGCUGCCUCAGACAGGAGCCACCAGUCUGCCAUCAUCAAUGGGGAGGUGAACAAGGCUUUGAAGCAGAAGUCUGACAUAGAGCACUACCGCAACAAGCUGCGCCUCAAAGCCAAGAGGAAAGGCUACUAUGAUUUCCCACAGGUUGAUAACAACAAGGCACUGACAGACAGGAAGAGGAUGUAUGAGAAAAACCAGAAAGAGCUUGACCACAUUUUGGAUCCAGAUGCAGAUGUCUCAUCUCCAUUUGCUGAGCCUAAGAACAGGCAGCCACUGAAGAACUCAGUGUACAGAAGCAGGCAGUCCCUGAACAGCCCCAGCCCAGGGGAAACUGAGAUGGAUCUUCUGGUGACUCGGGAAAGGCCACGACGAGGCAUCCGGAACAGUGGAUAUGAUACGGAGCCUGAGCUCAUAGAAGAAACCAACGUGGACCGCGUCGCCGAGCCGCGCAACUACGGCCGCGGCCGCCAAGGGGCCAAGGGGCACUCGGAGACCUCGACGCUGAGCUCGCAGCCCUCCAUCGACGAGGUGCGGCAGCAGAUGCACAUGCUGCUGGAGGAGGCCUUCAGCCUGGCCAGCGCCGGCCACGGGGGCCAGCCCCGGCAGCAGGACGCCUACGGCUCGGCCCCGCACCUGCCCUACUCCGAGGUGGUGACCAGCGCGCCGGGCACCAUGAGCCGGCCGCGGGCGGGCGUGCAGUGGGUGCCCACCUACAGGCCCGAGGUGUACCAGUACAGCUUGCCACGGCCCGCUUAUAGAUUUUCUCAGCUUCCUGAGAUGGUGAUGGGUUCUCCUCCCCCUCCUGUCCCUCCCAGAACAGGUCCUGUGGCUGUUGCCUCUCUCAGGAGGUCAACAUCAGAUAUUGGCAGCAAAGUGAGAAUACCUGAGUCCAGUGGAGCAGAUCAGGCCCAGCAUCAUGACCAGACUCCUUUUGCAGCGGGUUCAAGAGCUCCCAUGUCUGUUGGUCCGCUUGAUCAAUCAGCUUUUCACUCAGGAAAUACAGUCCCAGCAGUGUUUGCCAUUCCAGCAAACCGACCUGGCUUCACUGGCUAUUUUAUCCCAACUCCUCCCACUGCCUACAGGAACCAAGCCUGGAUGCCCUAUGCUGGAGAGAACGAGUUGCCAGGGCAGUGGGCAGACUCUGUGCCGCUCCCCGGCUACAUCGAGGCGUACCCCCGGCCCCGGUACCAGCACAGCUCCCCGAGCCGCCUGCCCCGGCAGUACAGCCAGCAGGGCAGCCUGCACCCCAGCCUGGAGCAGGCCCCGCUGGCCUCCGCCGCCGCCUCCCAGCACAGCCUGGCCGACAACGACCCCUCCGACGCGCCGCUCACCAACAUCUCCACCGCCGCCCUCGUCAAGGCCAUACGAGAAGAGGUGGCCAAGCUGGCCAAGAAGCAAACGGAUAUGUUUGAGUUCCAGGUCUAACGUGACUUCUGUGCGCAGCGUUUGUGUCUUGCCCGCCUGGGGUAGCCGAGGAAGCAACUCCUUCGAUUUCCAGCUACGAACUUCCUGUGAGUUGUGCCAAAGCGAUGGCAUUUUAAUCUGUCUGUAAAGUCAACACUAUGGAAUGACUUCCAGCAGAGCAACAGGACUCUGAAGACGUGAAAUUCCGCUUCCCAGCUAAGGAAAGGCUGCCAGGAAACUGUUUCAUACUGAUGAGAUCAACCAUAUGCAAUCCUUUGUCACUUUGCUCUCGUAUUAUGACCCAUCGUCACUAAAGAUGCUGCUGAACGUGUCUGUGCCACAAGAAGUUUCAUUUGCAGGCCCAGAGGUAGAGCUGCUGAAAAUAACUCCUGCAUGCCAAAACUUUGAUUCAAGAAGAAAAAACCUGCAGAGGAGAUUUUGCUAAAGGCCAAGGUUGGCGUGGCAGUGGCCAUGAUCACUGUUUGCUGUGGGACAUUGUAUAAGGGGUGCUGAUUUCGGUAACGCAGUCAUUCCAGCCCUUUCAUCCCAGAGACUGUAUUCAAACCAAAAGAACUCAAGAUGAUUAGGUAAUACAAACAGAAGCCCUGUAAAUAGCUCCGUGUCUCUUCAUCCUAUUAACAGUACAAAGAAGUGAAAGAAGAGAGGACUGUGAAGAAGGGGAAUGGCAUUUUGAUAAUUGGUGGCUACCUUGUCCCUCAGUGGCACUGAUGAGUUACGGAGGAGAUUUUUUUUUUCAGCCUGAGAGAAUACAAUGCAUGAAGAGCCAGCAAAGGAUAUUGGUGCUAAAAGCUUCCAAGAGAAAUGAAAAAAGGUUAUUCGUGUUCGCUCUAUAAUCGGGCUUUUCACUCUGAAUGCAUGUGAAGCUGGUAAACCUGAGACCUUUAAAUCCUUCCAACCUGGAAAAAUAAAUCCACCUGCUUGGACAAGGAAACCUCUGUUCAACACAGUGCUGUUUUUCUCUUUCUUUAACAAUGCUAUCUACUAAAGUGAUGCCAGAAAGUGCUACCUGAAGCUGCAGUGGAUUUUGAUUGUGCUGGCACACCCGGGAAGUUCUGAAUGUAGAGGACCUAAUGACUAUAUUAACAUGUAAAUAAGCUAACAGUUACACGGAUUAACAAAAAUGCUAAUGUUCUGUGAAAAAGAGAGCAUUGCCAGAAAUGAUGUUGACUUUGUAUUGUGCAAGAUAAAGGUCACUGAUUGUUACACUGCAUUGUGGUAGGAAUCCAAUCCCAAAAGGAAAUCAAACCACUUGGAUGGGACAGUAGUUAAUAUUUUGCAGUUGUACAAACUAGUUGGAGAUCAUGAACAAUUGUUUUCAGUUCCUUCAGCAAUUAGCUUCAGGAACUGAAGUUGUUGCAGAAUUUGUUGUGUUGGGCGUGUUUGAUGUCAACUGGAGUUCAAGGUAAUGUCCUUCAUUUCAGUGGGUUAUUUAGUUAUCCUCAAUUACUAGUUUGUCUGAUCAUUUCAUUUCUCUGAGUUUCUUUGGUCUUAACUGAUGUGGGAAAGGGAACUUGGUUUAGCUUUUUGGCCACCAGUAAAUUGAGAGGAGAGAGAAGACUAGAAUAGGGGAUAGAAGAAGAAAUAGAUGAAGCACAAACUUUUAAAGCAGAGCUAUUUCCCCCCCUAAUAAUUACAUUAUAAACCCUGACUGAGACUCUGAUGCAUAAUUAUCCUAGAAUAUACAGACAUCUUCUGCUCCAAUACCUUGAAUAUUGCAGAAG